CCAACUGUCAUUUCUGUCAAGUUAACGAAGGUGCUCGAUCAAUGAAUCGAUAAACGAUACGUCAACUUCUAGAUCCAUCAGGCUCAAAGUGCAGAUACUUGAGAUUUCCAAGUGGAAAGUGAGAGGUCGACAUGCAUAAGGAGUGGCACACAGUGAACCUGACGAGAAGGAGAGCCGGCUCGCACCAACCGGCGACGAUAGCUACGUCACUGCCUGGAAAAGCAAUAGUUUAGCCAUUGCAAUCCUACGCUUAGAUAAGCUCACCCAGUCCACUUAUCGACGUUCACGAGCGUGCAAGGAGUCGCGUGAACUUUGCACAUCCUAUUACAUUCAGGUGCGCAAUCAACAGCCGAGAUGCCGGUGAGGAUCAAUUGGCCUAUGCUGGCGGCGACGGUUUGCCCCAACAUUGGCGGCUGGGUCGGCGGCUUAAUCACCCAGAAAAAUAUCAGUUGGUACGAGUCACUGGUAAAGCCAAAAUACACCCCGCCGAAUUGGGUGUUCGGGCCCGUGUGGACCACCCUCUACUGUACAAUGGGCUACGCGUCAUAUCUCGUGUGGCGAGACGGAGGUGGCUUCGAGGCAGCGGCCGUACCGCUCGGCAUUUACGGUCUUAAUGUCGCACUCAACUGGUCGUGGACGCCGCUGUUCUUCGGGGCUCACAAAAUAAAAUUGGCUCUCUACGAACAUGUGGCGGUGUGGACCAGCACAGUGGCAGUUGGGAUUGCGUUCUACCACACCAAACCCAUUGCCGGCUAUCUCAUCAUCCCGUACAUUGUGUGGGAAACUGCCGCCAUACUGAUGAAUUACUGCAUUUAUCGGGACAACAAGCUAUACUACGAUUGA